AUGCACGUGUCACUAGCUGAGGCCCUGGAAGUUCGGGGCGGACCACUGCAGGAAGAAGAAAUAUGGGCUGUAUUAAAUCAGAGUGCUGAAAGUCUCCAAGAAUUAUUCAGAAAAGUCAGCAUCACUGAUCCUGCUGCCCUUGGCUUCAUCAUCUCUCCCUGGUCUCUUCUGUUGCUGCCAUCUGGUAGUGUGUCAUUUACUGAUGAGAAUAUUUCCAAUCAGGAUCUUCGGGCGUUCACUGCACCAGAGGUUCUUCAAAAUCAAUCCCUGACUUCUCUCUCAGAUGUGGAAAAGAUUCAUAUUUAUUCUCUUGGGAUGACACUGUAUUGGGGGGCUGAUCAUGAAGUACCUCAAAGCCAACCCAUCAAGCUUGGAGAUCAUCUCAACAGCAUACUGCUUGGAAUGUGUGAGGAUGUUAUUUAUGCGCGAGUUUCUGUUCGGACUGUCCUAGAUGCUUGCAGCGCCCACAUUAGGAAUAGCAACUGUGCACCUUCAUUUUCCUAUGUGAAACAGUUAGUAAAACUGGUUCUGGGAAAUUUUUCAGGGACGGAUCAGCUCUCCCAUAACAGUGAACAAAAACCUGAUCGAAACCAGGCUAUUCGAGACCGAUUGAGAGGAAAAGGAUUACCAACAGGAAGAAGCACUACAUCUGAUGUACUAGACAUACACAAGGCUCCAUUCUCUCAGACUUUCCUUAACAAAGGGCUUAGUAAGUCCAUGGGAUUUCUGUCCAUCAGAGACACACAAGAUGAAGAGGAGUAUUUCAAGGACAUCUCAUCAGAUCUCAAUUCUGGACAUGAAGAUACUGAAAAUACUGACUCCCAUUAUCCAUUCAAAAGCAGUGGUCCAGAAAAAAAACCUCUUCAAGGCAUUGAAGGACUCCCAAAGAAAAAGAUCUGGGCUUCAUCCAUGGACUUGCUGUGCACGACAGACAGAGACUCCUCUUCUGGAGAGAUCGGAGGAUAUCGUCGCUGUCACCCUGCGACGGUGACCGGAAGGACAUCAACCACUCCUAGGAAGAAAGAGGCAAGAUACUCAGACGGAAGCAUAGCCUUGGAUCUCUUUGGUCCUCAGAAACCAGAUGCAGAGUUGCCCAACUCCUCUGCAAUAUCAAGUGCUUUGGACCGGAUCCGAGAGAGACAAAAGAAACUUCAAGUUCUGAGAGAAGCCAUGAAUGUGGAAGAACCAGUUCGAAGAUACAAAACUUUUCAAUAUGAUAUCUUUAGUACUUCCAGUGAAAGUCCAUCUAUUAUUUCCUCUGAAACAGACUUCAGACAAGUAAGAAGAAGUGAAGUUUCAAAGAGAUUCGAAUCUGGCAGUGGUCUCUCAGGGGUAGAUGAAACCCCAAAUCAGUGCCAGAAACCAAGCAGACAAUACGAAACACCCCUUGAAGGCAACUUAAUUAAUCAAGACAUCAUGCUAAAACGGCAAGAAGAAGAAAUGAUGCAACUGCAAGCCAGAAUGGCCCUCAGACAGUCUCGGUUGAGCCUGUACCCAGGAGACACAAUCAAAGCUUCCAUGCUUGACAUCACCAGAGACCCAUUAAGAGAGAUUGCCUUAGAAACAGCCAUGACCCAAAGAAAACUGAGGAAUUUCUUUGGCCCCGAAUUUGUGAAAAUGACAAUUGAACCAUAUGUAUGUUUGGAUUUGCCACGUUCUAUCCUUACCAAGAAAGGAAAGAAUGAGGACAACAGAAGAAAAGUAAACAUAAUGCUUUUGAGUGGGCAGAGACUGGAACUAACCUGUGAUACGAAAACUAUAUGUAAAGAUGUGUUUGAUAUGGUUGUGGCUCAUAUCGGCUUAGUGGAGCACCAUUUGUUCGCUUUAGCUACCCUUAAAGAUAAUGAAUAUUUCUUUGUUGAUCCUGAUUUAAAAUUAACCAAAGUGGCCCCAGAUGGAUGGAAAGAAGAACCCAAGAAAAAGAGCAAGGCUGCUAUUGAUUUCACUUUAUUUUUCCGCAUUAAAUUUUUCAUGGACGAUAUUAGUCUAAUACAACAUACUCUGACAUGUCAUCAGUAUUACCUUCAGCUGCGAAAAGAUAUUUUAGAGGAGAGGGUGCACUGUGAUGAUGAGGUAUCCCUGUUGUUGGCAUCCCUGGCCCUCCAGGCUGAGUACGGAGAUUAUCAACCAGAGGUUCAUGGAGUAUCUUAUUUUAGACUGGAACAUUAUUUGCCUGCCAGAGUAAUGGAGAACCUUGAUUUGUCGUAUGUUAAAGAAGAGUUGCCUAAACUGCAUCAUACAUAUGGGGGAGCAUCUGAGAAGGAGACAGAAUUAGAGUUUUUGAAGGUCUGCCAAAGACUGACAGAAUAUGGAGUUCAUUUUCAUCGGAUACACCCUGAGAAAAAGUCCCAAACAGGAAUACUCCUUGGAAUCUGUGCUAAAGGCGUCCUUGUAUUUGAAGUUCACAAUGGAGUUCGCACACUGGUCCUUCGCUUUCCAUGGAGGGAAACCAAGAAGAUUUCUUUUUCUAAAAAGAAAAUCACAUUGCAGAAUACAUCCGAUGGAAUAAAACAUUCCUUCCAGACAGAAAGCAGUAAAGUUUGCCAAUACCUGCUGCACCUUUGCUCUUCCCAGCAUAAGUUCCAGCUACAGAUGAGAGCAAGACAGAGCAACCAAGAUGCCCAAGAGAUUGAGAGAGCUUCGUUUAGGAGCCUGAAUCUGCAAGCAGAGUCCGUUAGAGGAUUUAAUAUGGGACGAGCAAUCAGCACUGGCAGUCUGGCCAGCAGCACCCUGAACAAACUUGCCGUUCGACCUCUGUCAGUCCAAGCUGAGAUUCUGAAGAGGCUGUCCUGCUCAGAGCUGUCGCUUUACCAGCCAUUGCAAAACAGUUCAAAAGAGAAGAGUGACAAACCUUCCUGGGAGGAAAAGCCUAGAGGAAUGAGCAAAUCAUACCAUGAUCUCAGUCAGGCCUCUCUCUAUCCUCAUCGGAAAAAUGUCUUUGUUAACAUGGAAUCUCCACCACAAGCCAUUGCGGAGUUGGUGGGGAAAUCUUUCCACCAGAUGGCAAGAUCUGAUACAGAAUCUUUGGCAGGACUCACAAAACUUAAUAAUUCAAAGUCUGUUGCAAGUUUAAAUAGAAGUCCUGAAAGGAGGAAACAUGAAUCAGACUCCUCAUCCACUGAAGACCGUGGGCAAGCCUAUGUUGUAGGAAUGACUAUGCAUAGUUCUGGAAAUACUUCAUCCCAAGUACUCUUAAAAGAAAAUGAUGUGCUACACAAGAGAUGGAGUGUUGUGUCGUCACCAGAAAGGGAGAUCACAUUGGUGAACCUGAAGAAAGAUGCAAAGUAUGGCUUAGGAUUUCAAAUUGUUGGUGGGGAAAAAACGGGAAGACUAGACCUAGGAGUAUUCAUCAGUUCAAUUACCCCUGGAGGACCAGCUGAUUUAGAUGGAUGCUUAAAACCAGGAGACCGCUUGAUAUCUGUAAAUAGUGUGAGUCUAGAGGGAGUUAGCCACCAUGCUGCAAUUGAAAUUUUGCAAAAUGCACCUGAGAAUGUGACACUUGUUAUCUCUCAGCCAAAAGAAAAGAUUUCCAAAGUGCCUUCUACCCCUGUGCAUUUUGCCAACGGAGUGAAAAACUACAUGAAGAAACCUUCCUACACUCAAGACAGCGCUGUGGAUUCUUCUCAAGAUCACCACUGGCCACGGGGUACCCUGAGGCACAUCUCAGAAAACUCCUUUGGGCUCUCCGGGGGCCUGCGGGAAGGAAGCCUUAGUUCUCAAGAUUCCAGGACUGAGAGCGCCAGUCUGUCGCAGAGCCAGGUCAAUGGUUUCUUGGCUGGCCAUUUAAGUGACCGAGCCUGGCAGGACUCCCAGCGUGGCAGCCCUUCCCCAUCUGUAAUAGCCAAAGCAACUGAGAAGCAGAGGACGUCCACCGACAGUAUCCGGAGCCAAGCCAAGCCACCUGGUGUGGUUGAUGUGACUGAUCACUCAGACCGUGCAGACUCAGACAUGGAUGAAGCCACCUGCUCCAGCAGUCAGAACCAUCAAACACCAAAAAAGGAAUCCUCCUCUUCGGUGAAUCCAUCCAGCAAAAUGAAUUUUAAAACUUUUUCAUCACCUCCUAAACCUGGAGAUAUCUUUGAGGUUGAACUGACUAAAAAUGAUAACAGCUUGGGAAUAAGUGUCACGGGAGGUGUGAAUACCAGUGUCAGACACGGUGGCAUUUAUGUGAAAGCUGUUAUUCCCAAAGGAGCUGCGGAGUCUGAUGGCAGAAUUCACAAAGGUGAUCGCGUCCUAGCUGUCAAUGGGGUUAGUCUAGAAGGAGCUACCCAUAAACAAGCUGUGGAAACACUGAGAAAUACAGGACAGGUGGUUCAUCUAUUGUUAGAAAAGGGACAGCCUUCGGCAACCAAAGAACAUGUGCCCGUAACCCCACAAUGCACCCUUCCAGAUCAGGAUGCCCAAGGUCAAGUCCCAGACAAAAUGGCGAAAAAAACAACUCAUGUCAGAGACUACAGCUUUGUCACUGAAGAAAAUACAUUUGAGGUAAAAUUAUUUAAAAAUAGCUCAGGUCUAGGAUUCAGUUUUUCUCGAGAAGAUAAUCUUAUACCCGAACAAAUGAAUGCCAGCAUAGUCAGAGUUAAGAAGCUUUUCCCUGGUCAGCCAGCAGCAGAAAGUGGACAGAUCGCUGUGGGUGAUGUUAUCUUGAAAGUCAACGGAGCCUCCUUGAAAGGACUGUCACAGCAGGAAGUCAUAUCUGCUCUCCGGGGAACAGCUCCAGAAGUAUCCUUGCUUCUCUGUAGACCUCCACCUGGUGUGCUUCCAGAAAUUGACACUGCUUUUUUGACCCCACUACAUUCUCCAGCACAAGUGCUUCCAAACAACAGUAAAGAUGCUUGUCAACCAUCAUUUGCAGAACAAGGCACCAGCUCAGAUGAAAAUGAAAUGUCUGACAGAAGCAAGAAGCAGUACAAGUCCUCAUCCAGGAGAGACAGUUACAGUGACAGCAGUGGAAGUGGAGAAGAUGACUUACUGAAAGCUCCAGCACAGAAAACAGAUUUGACCUGGAGUUCAGCUUUGCAUCAGACUCUAAACAACAUGGUGUCACAGGCACAAAGUCAACAUGAAAAUCCAAAGAGUCAGGAAGAUGCCAUCUGUGCAAUGUUUUACUGUCCUCAGAAGAUACCUGGCCAAACUGAUUUUGAGUGCAGUAACCUUCCUUCCCCUCUGCCAGUGGAUGUGGCACCUGGGCAUAGUGGUCAAUCCCAUUCAGAAUCAGUGAACUCUAACCCAGUGGAAAACUGUGCACACCAGCUUUCUGAAGUGAGUAGACUGGAAAACUUGACAACAACUUUGAAAAAUAACCUGGAAAACCACCUGGAAGAUUUUGAGCUGGAAGUAGAACUGCUAAUUACCCUAAUCAAAUCAGAAAAAGGAAGCCUGGGUUUUACAGUAACCAAAGGCAGUCAGAGCAUUGGUUGUUACGUUCAUGACGUCAUACAAGAUCCAGCCAAAGGUGAUGGAAGGCUGAAACCCGGAGACAGGCUCAUAAAGGUUAAUGAUACCGAUGUUACAGACAUGACUCACACAGAUGCUGUGAAUCUGCUCCGAGCUGCACCCAGAACAGUCAGGCUAGUGCUUGGACGGAUUCUAGAAUUACCCCGGAUGCCAGUAUUGCCUCAUUUGCUACCUGAUAUUACAUUAACAUGCAACAAAGAGGAUUUGGGUUUUUCUUUAUCUGGAGGUCAUGACAGCUUCCAUCAAGUGAUAUAUAUUAGUGAUAUUAAUCCAACAUCAGCUGCGGCCACUGAGGGAAAUCUCCAGUUAUUAGAUAUUAUCCAUUAUGUGAAUGGAGUCAGCACACAAGGAAUGACGUUGGAAGAAGCCAACAGAGCCUUAGACAUGUUCCUUCCUUCGGUGGUGCUCAAAGCAACAAGAGAUGGCCAUCCAGUGAUCCCCAGUGCAAAGAUGUCUGUUGUUUCCAGUCCAGAGUCAUCCAAAACUCAUGGACAUCACCAUGUGGAACCUUGUGGCCAGCCUGGCCUCACUCCUCAGAAGUCUCUCUCCAAGGCUAAUGGGGAUGAAAUAACUGAAAAUUUGUACCCUGGAGAAAAAUGUUUUUUGAAUCAGCCAGAAGAGUCAACAAACCUGAUUCUGUCCACAGAAACUGAUGUGCAGGCAGAUGACAUUUAUGAUGACCCUCAAGAAGCUGAAGUCAUCCAGUCUCUGCUGGAUGUUGUGGAUGAGGAAGCUCAGAAUCUUUUAAACCAGAACAGUGCACCAGAAGAUGCCUGUCUUCCAGGUGUGUUGAAGGCGAAUGAGCAGUUACCAGAAGACAGAGCUGAAGCUACAGACUGGGAUAGGUCACCUUUGCCGGAGGAUGUUACUGAAUCUACCAAAAUUAAUGGCUAUGAGGAAUACUGUGAAGAGAAAGUAGAAAGUGAAAGCUUACUUCAGAAGUCACAAGAAAGGAAGAUGGAGAAUGAUGGAAUCCCUUGGGCAAGUGGUGAAUUGCCAAUACAGGCAACAAACCAUGAAGAUGCUGAUAAAGAUCCUCCCUUUCUGACGAACGAGGAACUCGCUGCACUGCCUGUGGUCAGAGUGCUCCCCUCGGGCAGAUACACCGGCGCCAAGUUGAAAUCAGUCAUUCGCAUGCUGAGGGGCUUGCUGGACCAGGGGAUUCCUUCCAAGGAACUGGAGAACCUUCAUGAAUUAAAACCUUUGGAUCAGUGUCUGAUUGGACAGACUAAGGAAAACAGAAGAAAGAACAGAUAUAAAAAUAUACUUCCCUAUGAUGCUACCAGAGUUCCACUUGGAGACGAGGGGGGAUACAUCAAUGCCAGCUUCAUUAAGAUACCCGUGGGAGAGGAAGAGUUUGUUUACAUCGCCUGCCAGGGACCGCUCCCAACGACAGUUGGAGAUUUCUGGCAGAUGAUUUGGGAACAACACUCCACCGUGAUAGCCAUGAUGACCCAAGAAGUGGAAGGAGAAAAAAUCAAAUGCCAACGCUACUGGCCUAAUGUCCCAGGCAAAACCACGGUGGUCAACGACAGGCUCCGGCUGGCUCUCAGGAGGGUGCAGCAGCUGAAGGGCUUUGUGGUGCGGGCGCUGACCCUGGAGGACAUUCAGGUGAGAGAGAGGCGAUGUAUUUCUCAUCUGAAUUUCACGGCCUGGCCCGACCACGACACGCCGUCUCAGCCGGACGACCUGCUCACUUUCAUCUCUUACAUGAGACAUGUCCACAGAUCAGGCCCAAUCAUCACCCACUGCAGCGCUGGCAUCGGGCGCUCGGGCACCCUGAUCUGCAUAGACGUGGUUCUGGGACUCAUCGGUCAAGAUCUCGACUUUGACAUCUCCGACUUAGUGCGCCGCAUGAGGCUCCAAAGACACGGCAUGGUGCAGACGGAGGACCAAUACAUUUUCUGCUAUCAAGUCAUCCUUUAUGUCCUGACACGCCUUCAAGCUGAGGAAGAACAGCGGGAGCGGCCUCGGCCUCUGCAGUGACCCGCAAGUUGCUGCCUGGAGGAUGCCUCUCUCCCUCACCCAUGCAGACCCCUGCUCUACGUCUGAACAUGACCUUGGAGCAGCAAGCCCGGCCGGCAGCACUGUGCCUGUCUCCUCUAACUUAGAGGGGUGUUCGCCUUCAUCAUACAGAACCGUGAAAUGCUGGAUUUUUACAGCUACUCUAACCUAAUCAUUAUUAUUUUUCUAAAAGUUCUAACACUAACUGAACAAUGCCGAUUUUUAGGGAUGUUGGCAGGGAGCAUUUGAUCCAAGUGGACAUUGUUACAAGGACAUGCUGAGUCUAUUUUUAAUGCAUUGAUCUUGUUUAUAGCAAAAAAAAAAAAAUUUUUCCAGUAUUUUGAUAGUUAUUUUAUAGGGGAUACUUGAAACCAGUAUUUAAGCUUUAAGUGAUGGUAAUAUUGGCAUAGAAAAAAAGUAGCAAGUGUUUACUGUAUCAAUUUCUAAUGUUUACUAUAUAGAAUUUCCUGUAAUAUAUUUAUAUACUUUUUCAUCAAAAUGAGAUAUCUGUAACUAUAUCAUCUAUUUGUAACGCCUCAUCUCACUUUGUAAAUAAAAAAUACACCUCAAAGCA